AUGGAGGAGGCACAGUGCUGCCGCCAGGCGGCCAAUUGCACAACUGAUAACUCCACCUGCCUGCCGACGGUGGCGUUGCCGGCGCUCUGCGAGACUGUGACAUGUCUCGGGGCGACGGCCGAACCCAUCGCCAUGGCUUGGCUUCCGUGGCUGGUGUGGACUGUGGCUUUCUGUCUCAUGUUGGCUGUCGCCAUCGGCGGCAACAGUGUCGUCUGCUGGAUCAUUCUAGCCCACCGGCACAUGCGAACCGUGACCAACUACUUCUUAGUCAACCUGAGCGUGGCAAAUCUGCUCAUGUCCUGUCUCAACUGCUCCUUCAACUUCAUCUACAUGCUGAACACGGACUGGCCAUUCGGCAACACCUAUUGCAUCAUCAGCAACUUCAUGGCCAACCUGACGGUGGCGGCCAGCGUCCUGACACUGAUGGCUAUCGCCCUGGAAAGAUACGUCGUGAUCCUCCACCCGCUUCGGAGACGUCUGAGCAAACGAGGUGCUGUCGGCGGAAUGAUUGGAAUUUGGACGGCCAGCGCUCUGCUGUCGGCCCCUUGCCUGCUCUACUCACAUGUCGUCACGCAUGUGUUCAGCGGCGGUGAGAUCAAGCGGGGCUGUCUGGUGGAGUGGCCCGGCGACCCAGAGGUCAAAUCAUUCUCCGACUACGUGUACAACAUGGUAUUCCUGAUAACCACUUACGUGCUGCCGAUGCUGGCCAUGGCUGUAUCCUACGUCAUCAUCGGUCGGGAGCUGUGGGGCAGCAGAAGUAUCGGUAUUCAGACAGAGCGACAGCUGGCCUGCGUCAAAUCCAAACGGAAGAUCGUGAGGAUGUUUAUGAUCGUGGUGGCCACGUUUGCGAUAUUCUGGCUACCCUACCAAGUCUACUUUGUCUACAUCUACCACGACAGCUCGCUGAAGAGCAAGCCCUACGUUCAGCACCUGUUUAUGGUUUUCUACUGGCUGGCAAUGUCGUAUGCCAUGGUCAACCCUCUCAUCUACUUCUGGAUGAACAAACGGUUCCGGGCCUACCUGUGUCGCCUGUUUCGCUGCUGCGUGCCCCAGAACACACUCGAGUGUUUUGUUCCAGAGCCACAACAGUACUACGGCAACGGACUCAGAAGCGGUCUGAGUCGACGUUCUCAUCCAGCCUCGGAGCGAGUCAAGUUGGAGCCCACUUCUUCCACUGUUCUACCAUCAGGCGCAUCACCGAUACUGCUUCAUUCCUCCAACAUGACCACAGACGGCUGGCCUCCGCGUUCUGACACCUCCGGAGGAACACGACGACUGCUGACCCUCCCAACUCCCCGCGUGGGAGGAGGAAGACGUACGACAGGCCAGUCCUUCCAUCAGCCGAUGGUCAAUGAGUCAGCCCCUAGCGCGCACUGGAGGAGGAGAGACUCGGAGGUUAGCGACGCUUUCAUGACUCCUGAGACGUCUCCUCCGUCAGCACGACCGCUGACUCAGGUCAGGCUGCUGAUGAGGCUGGCUCCUGCGCCAAGUCCUGCGCUGACCUUAGCGUUGGGAUCGCUGGGAACUGCACCGGCGCCUACUUCUGAGAGUGGUGGUGGGGAGGGAGGAGACGUGGUGGGAAAAGGCGAGGAAGACGAAGGCGAAGAUGGAGGAAAAGGUGAAGCCAUGCAUCUGCUUGCGUCGGACUCAUGUAAUAGUCUUGACGAACAGUUCUAUGAUGCCAGCUCGUGAGUGAGGCAGGGGAACCGGGAAAACGAAAGAACUUAGCUACAUCGGACUGCUAAUGAUAAAAGAAAAAUCGAUCGGUACAGGUUUGGAUGACCUUGGAGAAGCGCCCCGGUAGCUGAAAGGAGGCUUCGCGAUCUCGCUGCGGAGACGAUGUCUCGUGUUCCCGAGUCACGGGAAUUCUUGUCGCUAGUUGUGCUGUGCUGUCUGCUGUGCUGUUCGUUGUGCUGUAAUGGUUGUUGUGCUACGCUUUACUGCGCUUGUUGAGUCGUCAAAUAGGUACCUUUUGGAAUCGUUGCGUGUCCGUCUUUAUGGCUUACUGUUUCCAGAACCAAUAAUUCACCCUAUUUUCUGAUGUGUGUCUCACAGCCAUAUAUACCUGUGAUUGUGUCGUGCCCA